CAUGGCUCUGGUGUCGGCUGAUUCGCGCAUCGCGGAGCUCCUCGGGGAGCUGCACCAGCUCAUCAAACAGACGCAGGAGGAGCGGUCGCGGAGCGAGCACAACCUAGUCAACAUCCAGAAAACACAUGAGCGGAUGCAGACAGAGAACAAGAUCUCCCCAUAUUACCGGACCAAGCUUCGUGGACUCUACACGACUGCCAAAGCUGACGCGGAGGCUGAGUGCAACAUCCUACGCAAGGCGCUGGACAAGAUUGCAGAGAUCAAAUCCCUUCUGGAGGAGCGGCGCAUUGCUGCCAAGAUUGCCGGGCUCUACAACGACUCAGAGCCGCCCCGCAAGACCAUGCGCCGGGGCGUCCUCAUGACCCUCCUCCAGCAGUCAGCCAUGACACUGCCCCUGUGGAUCGGCAAACCUGGGGACAAGCCGCCCCCGCUCUGCGGCGCGAUCCCCGCUGCCAGCGAUUACGUGGCCAAGCCGGGGGACAAGGUGGCUGCUCGCGUCAAGGCUGUGGAUGGGGACGAGCAAUGGAUCUUGGCCGAGGUGGUGAGCUACAGCCAUGCCACCAACAAGUACGAGGUGGAUGAUAUCGAUGAAGAAGGCAAAGAGCGUCACACCCUGAGCCGCCGCCGCAUCAUCCCAUUGCCCCAGUGGAAGGCGAACCCUGAGACAGACCCUGAGGCGCUGUUCCAGAAGGACCAGCUGGUGUUGGCGCUGUAUCCCCAGACCACCUGCUUCUACCGGGCCCUGAUCCACGCCCCACCCCAGCGG